AAUGUUACAAGUAUUAUGUUAUUACUUUAAAUGUUAAAUAAAUUAGAAAUAUUAGAGCGAAUGGUUCCCUAAUAUUGGUACGCCUGUAUAAUACAUAAUAAUAACAACAAAGUAAUAUUAUCACUAUUUAUCACAUUUUUAAACAGUCAAUUUCAAGUGAUAUGUCAACAACAAAUCAAGGAUAUUAUUUGUAAUAUAAAACUAAAAAUCAUGUUAUACUUAGAAAUAAUAAUGAAUAUUCUUAAAGUAGUCUCAAGAAACUUAGUUUUAGUUUUUUAAAAAAAUUGUGGUUAUUACUUUUUUUUGUGGUAGAAUGAUUUUACAUAUGUGUAAAUUAAUGGAACUAGUUCCAAUAACUAACAAUAUUUUAUUAUUUGUCCAAUAUUGUUUAAUUUAGUGGCUUUUCUACAACAAUAUGAAUGGUAACUAUUGGCCACGCGAGCCUUCAUUGGGUAUGCCAAAAGAAUUUAAAUAUCCAGCUAUGGUAGCUGAUGAACGUCUAGCAUACUGGGCUCAUUUCCAUAAUUAUCAAUUGGGCGAUAAAAUUGGAGAAGGUUCAUUUGGUAAAGUUUUUAAAGCUUUACAUACCAAAAGCAAUACUGUUGUUGCAUUUAAAUUUAUUUAUAAGUUAGAUGAAUGGAAAACAUUACAGCAAGAAGUUGAUAUCCAACAAAAACUCCAUCAUCCUAAUAUUGUUAAAAUGAUAGAAUCAUUUGGAAAUGAAAGUGGGAUUGCAUUAGUUAUGGAAUUUGUUCCACGAUCAUUAAAAGAAAUAAUUGAAUUUGAAGGAAUAUUGAGUGAAGACAGAACACGUAACAUAAUUUGUCAACUUGUAUCAGCCUUGCAUUACUUACAUAAAAAUAAUAUUUUGCAUAGGGAUUUAAAACCACCAAAUAUUUUACUUGAUCAUAAUGAUACAGCUAAGCUAUGUGAUUUUGGAUUAGCUAGAUUAAUGCUAACGGGUACUCAAGUAUUGACACAAGCAUCAUUAAAAGGAACCCCUUUAUAUAUGGCUCCCGAAGUUAUAAAUUCUCCAAUUAUACCUCCUACUUAUAAUCACAAUGCUGAUUUAUGGUCAUUAGGAUGCAUAGCUUAUCAUUUACUUUGUGGCAAACCACCAUUUAACACAAAAUGUUUGAUGCAUCUUGUACAAAUGAUGAAAGAUCAACCAAUUGUUUGGCCUAAAACAGUUUCACCUGCAUGUCAAAAUUUUUUAGAGCAAUUAUUACAAAAAAACCCUUUAGAAAGGCUUACUUGGCCUGCUCUUUUACAUCAUGAUUUUGUGAAAAAUCGAGUAUAUACUCUCAAUCAAUAUCAAGAAAAUAUAUUUUCUUCACAACUAGAUGAUAUUGUAUCUCCCUUAAACACUAUGAAAAUAAAUGAAGAAUUACAAUCUACUGAUUCAUCUGCAAGUCAAGAUUCAACAUCUAUAGAUAACACAACUGAGGAAGAUUUAAGGUCUAGUCAAUCUAGCUGGUGUUCUGAAACCUGUCCAGAACUAGAUAUAUGUUCAAAUAAAACCAAUUCUACUAGCAAUAACACAAACAACAAUGAUUUUAUGAGUGAGGAAUGGAUUGUUUUUUUACGUCAAAGUGCUUCUGAAGUAUUAUCAGGAAAUGUAUCAUCUAUAAACCAAAAAAGCUUUAUUUUGGUUGUGUUAUCAUCUCUGAAUAGUACAAAUGUAUCUUCUAAAUUACUACAUUAUGUUGUUACACUUUUAACUUUACCUUUUGUAACUCCUAACAUUCAACAAAAUGAUAAAGUUGCUAUAAAACAAAUCUAUAUUGAAUCUAAUGUAAUUCGAGGGCUAAUGAAAGCAUUUUCAAAUGCUUUUAAAUUAACUGUUCGAAAUUGUGUAUCUCCUGCUCCUCCAGAUACAAUUAGUAUUCAAGAAUUAGGUAGUUUGGAAUCUGUUUUGCUUUUAAUUGAAGGAUUAUCAUUGGACAAACCUGUUGAAUGUCUAAUGCAGUUCUGUGAAAGUAUAAAUGAAUUAAAGCUUGUGAAUCACAUACAAAAAUGUCUAUCAUUAAGUCAUGGAAACACUCAAUUAGUGACAAAUACUCUUGCUGUGUUAAUUCUAACCUUAAUAUAUAUGCCAAGAAAUUUUAAUUUAGUUCAUGACAUUGUUCUAGGAAAAAACAUGGAAGGUAGAAUCUCAAAUGUUGAACUUCAUAAAUUGCUCCGGAAUAAUGAGGAUGCUUCAAUCAGAGAAAGAACAUGUGUACUCUUAUCACAUAUAACUAGACUGAAUACAGAUAGCCUUGUACCUAUUUGGCAUCAAACUCUUACAAACGACAUUGAAACUCUCAAAGAUGAUCCAUGUCCUAAUGUUGUUCAGGCAGCUACUUAUGCUUCAGAAGUAUUAAAAAGAACGCAAUUUUAUUGUGUUGAUAUUGAUUCAUAAAAAACAGACUACAAUAUUGCCAAUUUUUUAUAUUUCAUGGUAAUAUUUUUAUGUUAAGUAUUUUUUUUUUAAUAAUUAUUUUUGUCAUAAAAACUUGUGAUAUUUUUUUAGUAUUAAGAGAUGCCCUAAUGAACAAUACUUUUAAAAACUAGAUGGAACUUUUUAUCACUAUCAUGAUAAUUUAUGAUAGUAUAUGCAUACAUAUACAAAAUAAAUACAGAAUUAUUAAGAGGGCAAUGACUAACGCUACUAUCAAUAAACAAUAGAACAGUAAAAAUCUGACACUUAUAAACUUUUUAUUAGUUGGAGAGUAUGUUUGAAAGUAACUUUAAUAUUUUCUAUAUAAUUCAAUACAUUUGUAAUUUUCAAUAAAAUUUACAUUUUACAUAAAACAGCUAGCUAUCCACCAUCAAAACACUCUUUCAUGGUACAUAAAAUUAUGUUCAUGUAUGAAUUUUAUUUUUUCAAUUUUUAUAUAAUCAUGAUAAAUCAUAAUGAAAUAUUUUAAAAAAGGUAUAUACAUAAUAAUAGAUCAUUUUUAUUAUUAAGAAAAUAUAUUUGAAAAAUGAAGUAAUUAUUUGUGUAGUAAUAUUACUAUACAAAUAAUUAUAAUUAAAAUAAAUUAAAAACACAUGUUUUAAAAAACUUGUCCAAUUUUCAUUGGCACAUAUUUUUUUUUAUUAGUAUAUGUACUAUAUAAAUUAAUUAUUAUAACAACUAGUUCCUUUUGCUAAUAGUUUCUGAUCAUUUAAAAACUAAAUAACUAAAUAAUAGCAUAAAAAAAAAUACUAAAAAAUGAAUGUUAUUAAAUUAAGUAUAUUUUUUGCAGUAUUUAUCGUUAUGAUUUUGGAAAUGAUUCCAGGUGUAAACUCAAAUCCGACAGGUAGUUUAGUUGAUUGUGGUUUGUGCUGGAAUGGAGGUAUGAAAAUUGAUAGAAGGCCGAUUCCACAGCCAACAGAACAAGAAUAGAGUCUACCGUCAUCCGAUAUCAAACAUACCUGAUGUUAACUAAUUAAAUAUAUAAUAAUAUUUUUAUUUGUACAUAUUAAUUUUUCUUCGAAAUAUGUAUUAAAAUUAUUAUCAUUAUUUUUUAAAAAAUAAUGGUGUCGUUAGAAAGUGAUUUUAUUGAUAAAUAAAUUGGUGAUCGUA